CAUGGAGACUUGCAAGAAGACUGUAUUACUCGUAUACUACGGAGUCUUGAUGUUCUUGUCAUUUCAAGUUUCACAUGUUUAUUCUUCUACUAAAACCAUCAUCUCUACCAAUCAACCUCUUCCAAGAUUUGACACGCUUGUUUCCAGUGGUGAUAUUUUCGAACUUGGUAUCUUCAACCCAACUCCAGGUAUAUAUGGAAACUUCUACAUAGGCAUGUGGUACAGGCAAUCCUCUCCACGGACGGUUGUUUGGGUCGCGAAUCGAGAAUCUCCUGCCAGAGGGAUAGAUUCUCAUAACUGCUUUUUGAAUAUCUCAAAUGGAAACUUAAUUCUCCAUAACAAUAUAUACAAUGGAGCAAUUUGGUCAACCGGUGUUAACUCUAGUAAGGGCAAGGAUGUUCAAGCUGUUUUGCUUGAUAAUGGUAAUCUAGUCUUGAGAGAUGUGUCUUCUUCCUCCGCAGCUGUGUUGUGGCAGAGCUUUGAUCAUCCUUCGGAUACUUGGCUUCCAGUCGCUAAACUCAAAUUGAGAGACCAACGUCUCACUUCUUGGAAAGGCUUGACAGAUCCAUCACCGGGUCGAUACUCUCUCGAGUUUGACCAUCGUUCAAACUCCCUUAUAACGGUUUGGAAUAGAUCAAAGUCAUAUUGGUCGAGUGGACCAUGGGAUCCUCGACUUAGAGCUUUCAAGAAUUUUCCAGAUACGGUUAGUUUCAAACUGAAUGUGGAUGAGUCUUACAUUACAUAUUCAGUAGUUGAUUAUCCCGAUAGCAUAGCUCGUUUGGUCAUAGAUGUUUCGGGGCAGCUCGGGCUGCACAUUUGGAAUGCCGAUAUCCAGGUUUGGGAAACGACAUGGUCUCAACCUGAAAAUAAAUGUGAGGUUUACAAUUAUUGUGGAUCGUUUGGGAUUUGCAAUGAAAACCAAAAGGAGAUGCCUUGUAGAUGUGUUCCUGGUUUCGAACGAGUAGUUCGCCAAGGAUGGGACGACGUGAAUGAUUUUUCUGGUGGUUGUAAAAGGGAAACCAAGCUUCAAUGUGGCAAGGGAAAUGACAAGUUUGUUCCUAUUAAGAACAUUAAAUUAGCCAGUGAUCCAAUAACGUUGAUCUUGACAUCAAGUCUUGUUACCACAUGUGCUUCAGCUUGCCUAGCUAAUUGUUCUUGCCAGGCUUACGCGUUGGACAACAACAAGUGUUUAAUGUGGACAAGAAACGCUUUCAAUCUUCAACAACUCGAUGCAAAUGAGGGAAACACAUUCUUUCUUAGACUUGCAUCUUCAAACAUCUCACCUAAAGCGUCAAACAUCUCACCUCCAUUGUCAAACAUCUCAACUACAACUUCAAACCAGGGAAAAACAGAACAUUCUGAAGGCAUAAGCCUUGUGUUACCCAUUGUACUGUCAUUGCUAGUAGCAGCUGGUGCUGCACUUUUGGUAGGUUUGUAUUGUUAUAUUUCUUCAACAAGAAGAAGAAAAGGAACACAAACAGAGGAAAAACAGAGCAGAGAGCUAUUAGAAGGUGGCUUAAUUGAUGAUGAUGGAGAAAAUAUGUGUUACCUGAAUCUACAUGACAUAAUGGCUGCGACAAAUUCUUUCUCUGAGGAAAAAAAGUUAGGAGAAGGUGGUUUUGGCCCGGUCUACAAGGGUAAGCUUGCAAAUGGGAUGGAUGUGGCGAUCAAAAGGCUUUCAAAAAAAUCAAGUCAAGGUAUGAAAGAAUUCAAGAAUGAAGUAGUUUUGAUCAUAAAACUUCAACACAAGAACUUGGUGAGGCUUUUAGGAUAUUGUGUUGAAGGCGACGAGAAGCUACUAAUUUAUGAGUACAUGUCUAAUAAGAGCCUUGACAUCUUACUCUUUGACUCUUUAAAAUCUAGGGAAUUGGAUUGGGAGACCCGUAUGAAAAUAAUAAAUGGGACAACAAGAGGACUUCAAUAUCUGCAUGAGGACUCACGUCUUAGGAUCAUUCACCGAGAUCUUAAGGCAAGCAAUAUUCUUCUCGACGAUGAUAUGAAUCCUAAGAUCUCGGAUUUUGGAACUGCCAGGAUCUUUGGUGUCAAGCAAAUCGAUGAUAGCACCCAAAGAAUCGUCGGAACAUUCGGCUAUAUGGCACCGGAAUAUGCAUUAGGCGGAAUGAUUUCAGAGAAAUCGGAUAUAUAUAGCUUCGGGGUAUUGUUAUUGGAGAUCAUAUCAGGGGAAAAGGCUACAAGGUUUCUUCAUAACGACCAAAAACACAGCCUUAUUGCAUAUGCAUGGGAAUCUUGGUGUGAAACAAAAGGUGUAAGCAUUAUAGAUAAAGCAUUGUGUGGUUCGAAUGAUUUAGAAGAAGUGAUGCGGUGCAUUCACAUAGCACUUCUUUGUGUUCAAGAUCAUCCUAAAGAUAGACCAACAAUAUCGCAAAUCGUGUAUAUGUUGAGCAACGAUCAAAAUCUCCCAAUUCCAAAACAACCAACCUUCUCAAACGUAUUGACCAGUGAUCAACAGUUAGCAUCGUCAUCUGACUACGCGUUCUCCACAAAUGAAGCAACGCAGACAGAAAUUGAACCACGAUGAAAAAUAACAAUACUUUUUUGGUAAAAAUAUUUGUAUGAUCAUCUAAUAAGUGUAUUAUUUUUAAUCACACCAUAUUGUUUAC